GGCCCCGCUCUGACCCCCUCUGUCUCCUACUUUCCCAUCACACACUACAUUCUUCAGUCGAACAGAUCCCAUUGCACAUUGGGUACUGUUCCACCUGCAUUCACGCAUAGCAUUCCCGUUUACAUAGUCACUGUCACACACCUCAUCUUCCUCUCAGCUCGCAUAUAGCGCAACUCAAAGCACCUUCCCAUCACCUUACCCCGUCUAAUAUCACACCUACCAGCACUCUCAACCACGCAGCAUGGACGCCAGCCGUAGCAGCAUGUCUACGCGAGACUUAGACGGAGCAUUGGCACAAGCCGCACGCCAAGUGGAGCUUGCGCGCCAAGAGCAUCUGUACCUACAGCAAGAGCAUGAGCGCCUCCGUCUCAGGCAGCGACUCGCGAGGGAAAGAGGAAUGGAGCAAAGUGACAGGGAAGCUCACAGAGAAGCAACUCGACCGGCACAAGGCGGACGUGAGGGUCACCAAGACACCACAGCCGACAACUCUGCUCAGCAAAGGGAUCAUCCCGUCUACCUGCUCAAUUGCAAGGGCUGUGGUUCUUUCCUCUCCGACCGGGGAAUGAAGGCUAUUCUGCUGCUCAAGCCUCAUGUGACUCUCUUCUCGACCGACGUCAUGCCGUCCAAUGUAGGACCCCUCUACCCAGCCUCCUACAGGAAUGCAGACCGCAGCCUCACACGAUCCGCCUCUUCAAGCGCUCAUCCCGCAGAGCGUCAAGUGGAAAGGACAUGCGACUGCCUCACCGAGACCCUUGGCUGCUACGGCUGUGGUGCCCAGAUCGGUUACCACAUCAUCUCUCCAUGUGCCAGGUGUACUGCCAGCGUAACGGAUCAAAAGAAGGGCUCUAACGGCCAUCGUACAGUUCUCCACUGCUCCGAGAUCACAGCAAGGGAGAGACGCUACGUGCCAGGCGAAGCCGGGGUGCGCUGCGCGCCUACGCCUUGUCCCUUUCCUCAAAACACCAACAAGGACCGCAAGCUGGCCUCUUCGAUCGCUCACGGAGGAUACUCGAAUGCAGUGAUGAACACCUUCCACUGGGGUCGAGGCUCACCUCUGACUAGGGACAACGCGCCAUUCGACCGAUACGCUCGUCCUGCCCGACGAAACGUGCGCAUGGUACACAUCGACCGCUCUGGCCCUUUCCAUAUCCACCGGCAGCGCAUGAAUGGCAUCCGACCCGAAGAGAUCGAGGAUGACUUGAGCGACGGCGACGAAUUCCUCGAUCUGGACCUUGCCGCUCCUGAAGAGGACGAGGUGGAACUGCAGAUGCAGCUCGACACGGACCUCUACGACGAGCUGGAGCAGGACAAGUUCGAUGUAGGCGGCGGACGAGCUAGAGCUCUCUCGGCUGCCUCGCUUGUCAGAGAGCAACGCAGGCAGCAGGCUGCUGCUGCUGCCGCUGCUGCGAGCAAGAGCGGGGGUAGCGGCAUGAACUCUGCCCGACUGCUCGAGAGGGGAGCAGUCGUCUACUGGGGCGACCUGGUACCUGGUGGGGAGAGGUGCCAGCCCUUUGACUCGGACUUGGCAUUGCAAGUGCCAGUGGCGGUGAGGUAGUGGUGACGUCCUUGCGAGAAGAGAUUUGAAGCGCUCUUCACUACUCCACUGCAUGACGCUCGUGCAGUUCUUUCUUCGCGUUCCUUUCCUGACUAUGCUAAUAUGCCAAGUAACGUUCAAAUAAGCUCCAUGCUGUACAUAGCCUACUGCAUUUAUGUCUCCUUCCCUCCUCUCUCUGGU